AUGCUUUGCCGGCUGCAUCCUGGAUCUCUAGCUGAGCAAAUAACCCUAGCUCAUUGUCUCGUAGCAGGCAUCGGCUGCGGUCGGAUUUUCUCAGUCGUCCCCAUCUACCUCGCCGAAGUAUCAAAGCCCGACCAUCGCGGCUUUCUGGCCGGCCUCCAAGGAAUGAUGAUUGCGAUUGGCUGCGGCGUUGCCAACUGGAUCGGAUACGCUGGCGCCUUUGCCAAGGGAGACGGACAGUGGAGGAUCCCGCUUGCUAUGCAGCUACCUAUUCCAGUCAUUCUUCUCCGUCACUUUCUCCCCAAGUUGAAUUUCCAGAGCGUCUUCUACCAAACAGUUGGCUUCACUGGACGUACUUCCCUACUGAUCAGCGGUGUUUAUGCGCAGAAUUGGGUUCCUCAAACAAACAAUGACAACCAGGGUUCCAUUGCGUCUAUCUUCCUCUACUCUAUGAGCUACGCUGUCUUCUUCAAUGCCAUGAUCUGGUUGGUUCCUUCAGAGCUCUUUCCUUUCUUCUUGAGGACCAAGGGUAUGGCUCUAGCUGUGGCGAUAAAGGCUAUCGUAGCAAUCGUUUUGUCUUAG